GGCCACAACCCCGUACGCGCCGGGGGCGCCGCAGCGCUGGCGGAGCUGCUGGCCUCGGAGCUGCCCCCGCUCCGGGCGGUCUGCCUCCCCUACUGCAUGGUGCGGGCCGAGGGCGUGGAGGCGUUGGCGCGUGUCCUGACCUGCACAGCCCAGGGCAACACCACCCUGACCAGGCUGGACCUUAGCGGCAACCACUGUCAGGACAAGGGUGCCGAGCACAUCGCAGAGAUGCUCCUGGGGAACCAGACGCUGCGCGCGAUGAAGCUAGCCGACAACGACAUCCGCGCCCAGGGCGGCGAGUGGAUGGGCGCAGCGCUCCAGGACAACUCCGCCUUGGAGGAGCUCGACUUGUCCAGGAACAGCCAGCUCUGGGGCGACGGCCGAUGCCUUGGGGGCGGCCUGGCGCGGAACGCCCGCCUAGCCAGCCUCGGGCUGGCCGCCGUGGGCAUCUACAGGCACAAGGCCGAGCCCCUGGCGGAGCUCCUAGAGGCCAACCGCAGGCUGGAAAGGCUCGACCUCUCGAUGAACAACAUCGGUGCUUCGAGCUCGCACAGGCUGGCGGCGGCCCUGGAGGUCAACGACGCGCUGACCGCACUCGACCUGACCUUCAACAGCCUGGGCGACGAGGGCGCGGGGGCGCUCGCGAGGGCGAUCACGAAGAACAGGGCGCUGACGUCGCUGUCCCUACGGGACAACCGCAUCGGGGAGGUCGGCGCCCUGCAGCUGCAAACAGCACUGGAGGUGUUCAGCAGCAUCAGGUCCUUGGACCUCCGCCAGAACCGCAUUCCGGCCAAGCUGGUCGAGGGCAUCGACGCGCUGGUCGCAAGCGCGGGCGUCCGUGCCUUCGCCCUGGAGGGCCCGAGUGCUGGUGUGGGCCAAGCACGGAAUGCAGCGCAGCCCGGCCCUGCGAAGGGCGCCGGUCUUCCAGCACCCCUCGGCGCCAGCUGGCCUCGAACGCCGGUGGGUCCGCCAGGCGCGGCGAAGAAGCAGAGCCCCAGCGGGCUGCUCCCAGAGGUUGCGAGGCAGCCGCGGCCCGGCGGGUACCCCCAGGAUGGCGCCCGCGCUGCCCCCCGGGGACCGUCAGCCCGCGCCGCAUGGACCGCCUCCCCGGGCCCCGCCUGAGCGGACCGUGAGCCGCGCGCGCGCGAAAGAGUUGGGCGCUCGGCAGCGCGGGGGCGCCAUGCGGUCGGAGACUGUGGCCUCCUCCUCCGCCUCCUCCUCCUCUCUCCUCCUCCUCCUCCUCCUCCUCCU